CAGAAAAGCGCGUCGACAGUGUUGCCAGAAAGACGAAAGAUCCAGAUUUUUGUCAGAGGAACACGACUUAAUAUUGAGGAUCCAUGGCACGCUUGAUAUACUGCUGUAACAACAUAAUUUAAUGAUUCCGCCUCGGAACCAGCGGCACUCAGUAAAAAAAUAACAGACGAAAAAUUUUUUGAAUUGAGCAUCACCCUUCGAUUUAGAAGUCGAACGCAGAACAAAGUUUAAGUUUGUUUCUUUUUCCAAAAAACAAUUAGCGACAAGGAAAAUCAAAACCCUUUUGAGUAUCACAGCCAGCUCUUGUAGUACAAGGUAUUUUAAACACCUAGCACUCGUUUGAUAGAAGAAUUCCACAGAUCACCCUCGGGAAUAACAUUAUUCACGACCUGUUUAACACACCGCGACGACUCAUCAGUAAGCGACGGCCUAUCACAGUUGGGAGCAACGCCAGUACACGCGACGGCUCUGCCAAUAGAAGAAGAAACCGUAGUACAAAUUUGGAAUUAUCGGACAAACGGGAGGUUGUGUCGGUUGGCAAGAAGAGAAAUCUCGAUCUUAGUCUCCUUCUGCAGCCUUCAUAAUGGCGGGCAAAAGCGAAUACGAUCGCAGCGUCGGGACCUGGAGUCCAGCGGGCCGGCUUUUUCAGCUUGAGUACAUACAUAACCUUUCGACUCUUUCAGCUUGCGACUCUCGUCAUGAAGAAGAACAUGUAGACGCGUGUAAGAUUUUUGAUCCGUGGGUCGUGGUUUUGUAAUUUCGCAUGACAAUCUCAUUUUCGACACUUUCCUCACCCACAGGUACGCCAUCCAAGCCAUCAAACUGGGCACCACUGCGAUCGGCUUGGUUACAAAAGAGGGUGUGCUCCUUGUCGUGGAGAAGAAGCUAGCGAACUCCCUUAUCGUCCCCAAAACGAUCCAAAAAGUGUUCGAAAUUGACCAUCACGUCGGGUGCGCAACGGCGGGGCUGUUAGCGGACGCAAGGAUGCUCGUAGACCACGCGAGAAACGAGGCGCAGUCGCACUGGUUCACCUACAACGAACCACUCUCAAUUGAGUCCUGUGUGAAUGCGGUAGAAUUUUUAUGUGCUUUUGGUUACAUAGAGAAUUUCAACUCCUUUUUAUGUAUGCGCUAAUGCAAAUCUCACGACGGCAACCACCUCGGACCACGUUGCUAAUCAGAAUGGAUUACAAUUACUUAUAGCAAAACAAAAGACAUCCAUCUAACAACAGAUUGCUGACCUCGCCUUGGAUUUCGCCGAUGUCACUGAUGGAAGGAGAAAAAAAACCAUGAGCCGGCCAUUCGGCGUAGCCAUGCUUGUUGGCGGCGUAAAUGACGACGGAAAACCAGCACUGUGGGUCACGGAUCCGAGUGGAACGUAAGUGUUUUUUUUUGUUCAAAUGCAAUCUGAACCUUUUGGUGGAUACACGCACGACAUUCAUUCUGUGCGACUUGCACGCACACACGUAUGUUGCACUUGCGUUGCACACAAGAGCCCGGACAACGAGAAUGGUAUGCAUAGCAAAACUUGAUUUUCUGCAAAUUGACCUAUGUUUUUCAUUGUUUCAACAUUUACAUCACGAUUGCAGUUGCACCGAAUACACUGCCGCCGCGAUUGGCAGUGCGCAGGAAGGCGCGACAUCACUCCUGUCCGAGCAAUACAAAGCGGACAUGACUUUAGCAGAGGCGGAGAUCGUCGGAGUCGGAAUUCUCAGACAGGUACGAUGAGUGACCUCGUGCUGGUGCUAACUUUGUCAUGCAAGCCCGAGCUAGUCAAGCAUGGAGAUGAUGUGACGAAGACGAUUUGUCGUGCAUUAAUAUACACAUCAUAAUCACAUCAAGUGGAGCAACUGCGACAUUAUGAUUACAAUGAAAAAAUCAGAUGAUGGAGGAGAAAAUGACGACGACGAACAUUGAAGUCGCCAAGAUACCAACAUCAACGAAAAAGUACCAUCUUUAUUCCGCCGCCGAGAUCGAAUCCGUGAUCAACCGUUUGCCAGCGCCGUUGGAGUACUAGGUAGACGAACUACUUACAACACGCCGCCGCGGGAUCAGAAUUUUCUUGGCGACAUAACGUUGUCCUCGUGAAGCCCGCAUGUCGUUGUGGUCUACGUCUACUGAGAUGAAGAACCCAUCAACAUCAGAGGUUCUUCACGUGGUCGACUACAGAGCGACCAGACGGCCAUCCGUCCUGCAGAUCAUUGGAGGACGACAAGGAACUACAUACAGCUCGUGGAGGCGGAUGGUUCGUCGAUGUGAAAAGUGAUGAAAAUUCUGCCCGCAGGAUGAAGACGACUUUUACUUUUUCAAAACAACAAACCCAUCGAACAUGACUCGGAAAGAUCGUGAUUGCUUCCUUUACGGAAAGGAGCGAGCACCCGUGAAGAUGAGUGGAUGCCCGCGCGGCCCCACGCACCACCUUGAAGAGGGGCAGCUGUGAUCUGCAGGGGUCGGUUGGCGACGCCGAAGCCGUGCCUAGAUAAAGGCUGCUUCGUUCUCGACAUGUUGGCUCGCCUUGCGAUUGACCCGGAGUUCCUCGUUGUCCAAGUUUUUUUUUUCCUCAGAAAGAAAAA